UGCGUAUCGUUUUCGUUUGUUCACUCACUGCGUGUAUACAUGUGUAUAUGUAUACUGUUUUCUCUCUCUCUCUCUUUCUCUUUCCCAUCACCGCUUAUGAAAUCUGGCUGACGUUUUUUUCAUUGUCUGGCCGUUGCCACCUCUCUGACACUUGUUACUACUUCCCUUUUUCAUCUCUCUCUCUCUCUCUUACAUACACACAUGUACACACACUAAAUCCCGUUUAUAUUUACUUCUACACCCGUUGAUGUUUCUACGCUCCAACGAAGGAUUCUCUUCAAAACGUCACGUUUCCCUACUUCUCUGCGGCCUAAAAAUUCUGUUUAAAUCUAUAUGUAUCAUCUUUUAACAACACUGAACAUCUCUACUUCCCUCGGAUUCUACUGUUUUACUAUACUAGUGCAUUUCUUAUUGCCAUAUUCAUAACUAUGGAAGUUGAUAUUGCAAGCGCGAAAACUGGGAAAUGUAUUGUUUCCUUCAGUAACCUCAAACCUCUAUCGACAGUGAAAGAUGUUAAAAAGGAAUAUAAGAAAUUCAGUCCGAAAUUGGCAUUUGAAAGACAAUCAUUUCGUAAAGAAGCGCGAGGCAGGCUUCUUAGAGAUGACGAAACACUAGCAAGUUUGGGAUUCAACAAGAAAGCUGUCCUUUACUUCAAAGACCUUGGUCCUCAAAUAGGAUGGACCACAGUAUUUCUCGCAGAAUAUGCUGGACCCCUUUUUAUCUAUGCAUUCUUUUAUAUUCGUCCUAGUUUUAUUUAUGGACAGAAUGCUUUGGACGAACCUCGUGCCUUCGUAGUGGAUCUCGCUGCCGGUUGUUGGUGCUUUCAUUAUGGCAAAAGACUACUGGAGACCCUGUUUGUACACCGAUUUUCUCAUGCAACCAUGCCUAUUCGUAAUAUUUUCAAGAAUUGUGGGUACUACUGGGGCUUCUCGGCUUACAUUGCUUAUUAUAUGAAUCAUCCUCUGUACACUCCACCUACCUUCGGUAACAAACAAAUAUAUACAGGUCUUGCACUUUUCAUCCUCUCAGAAAUCGGUAAUUUUUCUAUUCAUAUUGCACUACGCAACCUCCGGCCCCGCAAUUCUACGCGGCGGUUGAUACCUUAUCCGGGCCUGAACCCUUUCACUUGGCUCUUCCAUCUCGUUAGCUGCCCAAACUACACCUACGAGGUGUUUGCUUGGAUCGGUUUUACAGCGAUGACACAGUGUUUUCCUGUCGGACUCUUCACCCUGGCAGGUUUCUAUCAAAUGACUGUAUGGUCUUUCAACAAACUUGUAAAUUACAAAAGAGAAUUUAGUGAUUUUCCUCGAAACCGUACUGCCAUUAUCCCUUUUAUUUUAUAAUCUAUUUAUGUAUCUUUAUAUUGUCCUUCACGGGCUCAAUAACAUUUCCAUCCCAUCCCCAUCUAUGUUUCUAAUCUAUACAUGUUUCAUUUUAUACUUGUUUUGCCUUACCGUUGACUAUUUAUUUAAUUGUUCGUCGAUCCUAAUGAAAGUUGUUUCGUUUUUAUUACUUUUUUCCCCAAAAUUUUAAUUUUAGCUGAUAAAAAUAUGAAACAAAACAUAAUUAUGACAAUAUUAAACAUACAUGAAGAAUUACAAAAAUGCAGGGAAUACUUGUAGAUAUUUGCUAUUCCAUUCAUUUUCUCUCCACGUAGUUCCUUCAUUUACGAUGGGUAAAGUAGUUGAAUUGUUCUACAACCCUCUUGCAGAGAGAUUCAAAAGACUGUGGAUAAAUAUUCUUAUUAACAAAAUUUCCGUCAUAUAUGUAAAUUCCAUCACCUCCAGUUUGGUCUGUUUGGACACAAGCAGAUCAUUAAAUCGGACAUUAUUCGAUUCUGGUAGAAUGUUUUGUUUUCUGAGUGGCUCUUAAGCGGCCCUGAAAAAAAAA